AUGCUGUCUUGUGCCCAGCCCGAGCACUUCCUGCCUCCCCAGCGGUUCCGUUCGCUCAGCAAGGCCGCUCCGGGGAAGCGCGAGGAGGAAGAGGAGGACGACGGCGACGAGCUGAAACUAAAGAACCUUCCCGCGGACGUCCUGAGGAAGAUCCUCGGUCUGGUCAUCGAGAAGGAUUCCCAGGGAGCUGGCCUUGAUGCUUCGUCCUGCCAGAGCGACGACGGACCCGAGCACUUCGAGCGCGCCCGUCGCGUCCACUCGCUCCGGCUCGUCUGCCACACCUUCCGCGACACCGUCGAUCGAGCGUUCGUGGACCGCGCCCGCUGGCCCGCCUUCGUCGGCGACGACGAUCCGCAGUCCCCCACGAGCGGCGCGCGCGAGGCGCCCACGCCCGUCGACAUCCGGUGGCUGCGCGCCCGCUUCCCAAGACUGCGCCACCUCCACCUGAUGUUCGUCGCGGACGCCGACCUCAUCAAGGUGGCGAAGUCCUGCGGUCUGCUGCGCGGCCUGCAGACCCUCGUUCUGCACCGCUGCUCCGACCUGGAUGCCGAGUCGGUGGCCGACGCCCUCUCCUCCGCCACCGGGCUGCGCGCGCUGUCGCUCAAUGGCUCCAUCCGCGUCGAGGACCGCGGACUCGCUCCGCUCGCGAACCUCCCGCACCUCACGUCCCUGGACGCCGGCAGGAUGUCCCGUUUGUCCUGCGCAGCAAUGGUGCACAUCGGGUCGUGCGCGAAGCUCAAGGACCUGCGGCUGGGCGGCUGUACGCGGCUGUUCCAGCCCGGGUCGAGCGCCGCGGAGCGCGCCGAGUCGCUCGGCUGCUCGGACAGCACCCGGACGCUCCUUGGGCGCACGGACACUGCGGCGACCAUCAACCUGGGCGGCGACGGCAGCGACGGCGCCGCAAGCCCGCCCCAGGAAGAGAACGAGCCCGAGGAGGGCCCGCUCGCGGUGCUGGCGCGGUCCGCGAAGGCGCUGGACCACCUCGAGCUUCCGCGCAUGGCGACCAACGACGCGCUGCGGGACAUUGGGCGGAUGCGGCUGCGGUCGCUGAAGCUCCAAGACGCGGCGUACAUCACUGGGGACGGCCUCGCGCACCUGUCGGGCCCAGGGCACGCGAUGCCGUUCACGCUCAAGGUGCUGGACUGCACUGGGUGUACAGGCGUGGACGACGGGGCGACUCCGGCGAUCGCGCGGCUGUCGUCGCUCGAGUCGCUGUGCCUGAGCUUCACGGGCGUGACGAACGACGGGAUGGCCGCGCUGCUGCGGCUGCCGCGGCUGAAGCGCCUCGGCGUGGCGUGCACGGCGGUGUCGCGAGACGCUGCGCUGAAGAUGCGGAAAAAGAAGUACGGCCUCGCUAUUAUUGGACUCUGGGUGCCGGCGCUGGAUCCGUGA